GUAUGUGAGGGCGGGAGGAAGGGUUUCACUAACACUACCAGCAGUGGCUGCGGUGCAUUCCGUCUCCUGUAAACACGAGGUCGCACACACUGAGCCAGUCAGUACCUCUCUGUCAAGCUGGGAAACAGCUUCUCCUGCACCAGAGACAUUACAGUAAUGACACCUCUCCUGCGCGUGUGUUGGCUGCUCUUGGCAGCCCGCGGCUCGGCGUUUAAUCUGGAAACGACUAACACGAUCGCAAAGGAAGGCGAGAGAGGGAGUUUGUUUGGGUUUUCCGUAGCUUUACACAAACAAAACGGCCCGGAUGCUCAGAGUUGGAUCUUGAUUGGAGCACCUCUGGCUCGUGCUCAAUCGCACCAACAUGCAAAUCGCACUGGAGGACUCUUUGCCUGCCCGAUAACAGAAGACGAUAGGUGUGAUCAAGUCAGCAUUGAUAAUAACGUUGACCUGGAGAGAGAGAGCAAAGAAAACCAGUGGUUGGGGGUGACUGUCAAAAGCCAAGGAAUUGGAGGGAAGGUUGUGACAUGUGCCCAUCGCUAUGAGGUGAGGCAGCGCGUGAAUCAGCCGGAAGAAACCCGGGACAUGAUUGGCCGUUGCUACGUCCUGAACCAGGACUUAACGAUCAAAGACGAGUUGGAGGGCGGGGACUGGAAAUUCUGCGAAGGCCGCACGCAGGGUCACCACCGAUUCGGCUACUGCCAGCAGGGCAUCGCAGCCGGCUUCACUCCUGACAACCACUACAUUUUUUUCGGUGCCCCAGGCACGUACAACUGGAAAGGUAAUGUUCGGGCAGAACAGCUCAGUCAUACUUUGGUCUACUUGGGCAUCUAUGACGACGGACCAUACGAAGUGGGUGAUGAAAGAAAGCAGCAAUCUGAGCUGGUCCCUGUACCUGCCCAUAGCUACUUAGGGUUCUCUGUCGACUCAGGUAAAAGUCUCAUUCGACAGAACAUGUUGAGUGUUGUCUCUGGAGCCCCAAGAGCCAACCACAGAGGGGCAGUGGUGAUCCUGAGGAAAGAAAGUGUCAACAGGCUAGCACCUGAACACAUCCUGUGGGGAGAGGAACUCGGGUCAUCGUACGGCUAUUCCGUUGCCACGGUGGACCUCAACAGUGACGGGUGGAUGGACCUUGUAGUUGGUGCUCCAUACUUUUUUGACCGAAAGGAAGAAAUUGGUGGUGCUGCCUACGUCUACAUCAACCAGGCCGGCAGGUUGAAUCGAGUAAACUGUGUCCGUCUGAAUGGGACCAAGGACUCCUUGUUUGGACUGGCUGUGGCUAACAUUGGGGACAUAAAUCAGGAUGGGUAUGAAGACAUUGCUGUUGGGGCCCCAUAUGAUGGACAGGGCAAGGUCUACAUCUACCAUGGAAACAAGUUUGGACUGAAUACGAUUCCUGCUCAGAUAAUUGAAGGAGAAACGGUGGGAGUGACAAAGUUUGGGUACUCCAUAGAUGGAGGAAUAGAUAUCGAUGAUAAUUUUUACCCAGAUAUGGUGGUCGGAUCACUUUCUGACACUGCAGUUCUGUUCAGAGCAUGUCCUGUCAUUGAUGUGACAACACGGGUCUCCGUUAAUCCCCAGCAGAUUGACCUGGAGUUAAAGAACUGCAGGAGUUUCUCAGGGAUCUGUAUUGAUGUCAAGGCCUGCUUCAAUUAUACAUCGAAGCCUGAAUCCUACAACCCCAGGAUUGUUCUCGGGUUCACGAUUGAGGCUGAUGCACUGGAGGUUGAUGGGCAGAGGAGGAGGCCUCCCCGCGUGUUCUUCCUGAAAGAGAAGCUCGUUGAUCCAGAAAACCAAUACACUGGCGAGGUGGUCCUGAGAAGCCAGAAGGAGGAUAAUUGUAUUGAUGUCACAAUGAAACUGCAGGAGAACAUCAGAGAUAAACUGCGGCCCAUUCCCGUGACGUUGACUUAUGUGAUCAAGGAAGCCAAGCGCAAGAAGAAGCAAGCUGAGAGACAGCUGACUAGUUUGAUGCCUGUCUUGAAUGCUGAUAUUUCAAACACAGUAAAGGAGGAGGUGAAUUUCCUGAGGGAAGGCUGUGGGCCCGAUAAGAUUUGUCAGAGUAAUUUACAGUUGAAUUAUAGAUUUGGCACCAGGGAUGAUGAUGAUGUUUUCCAUCCAUUGCCACUAGAUGAACAAAGAAGGCAAGUGUUUUCCCUCAGUGACCAGAAGGACAUUGCUUUGGAGAUCAAAGUCACAAACUCACCGUCAGACCCCAGGAGCCCAACUAAAGAUGGAGAUGAUGCUCAUGAGGCUGUUCUAAUCGCAAGCUUUCCAGACACACUCUCCUACUCUGCCUUCCGAUCAUCUCAGGACAAGAACCUGGUCUGUGUGGCAAAUACGAAUGGAUCUAUGGCUGAAUGUGAACUGGGAAACCCCAUGAAGCGAGACGCUCAGGUUACAUUUUACCUGAUCCUAAGCACCUCUCUGAUCACCAUCGAAACCACCACUCUGCCAAUUAUUCUUCAGCUCACAACCAUAAGUGAACAGAGCAAUUUGAACCCUAUCACAGCCACUGCCCACGUGAUGAUCGUUCUACCACUUUCCCUCUCUGGAUCUGUUGCACCUAAUUAUGUCUCUUUUGGAGGUGAAAUUGUGGGAGAGAGUGCAAUAAAAGAAGAGGACGCCGUGGGAAGCAUUGUUGAUUAUGAAUUAGUGGUGCUGAACACGGGAAAACCUUUGAAAGCCUUGAGCUCUGCUUUCCUGAAUAUCCGAUGGCCUCACGAGAUCAGCAAUGGCAAGUGGCUGCUGUACCCAAUGAGGAUAGAAUUUAACGGCAAUGAGAAUACGCAGUGCUCUCCAUCCCAGGCCAUCAACCCUCUUGACUUGACAUUUAGCAACAGAAGCCAAGCAAAACCUCGUGCAGAACGGCUGCAGGGAGACGGUGGAGGCCAGCGACAAAUGGUUGCUCACCAGACAGGAACAAAGAAGAGUCUGACCCUGGACUGUGAUCAGGGGACCGCUAACUGUGUUGUCUUCCAGUGUCCCCUGCAAACCCUGGACACAACCAAAGUGAAAGUAAGAGCACGACUGUGGAACAACACUUUUCUGGAGGAGUACGCAUCACUCAGUGAAAUACGUGUGGUCAUUCGCGCUGACAUUAGUGUGAAAUCAAGCAUUAAAAACCUUAAGGUGGAGAAGACUGCUGCACAGGUUACCUUGCCAGUAUAUCCGGAGAAGGCAGGUGUAGUAUAUGGAGAAACACCUUGGUUGAUUAUACUGAUUGCUGUCCUAGCAGGAAUCCUGGUAUUGGCUCUGCUUGUUUUUCUCCUUUGGAAGUGCGGAUUUUUUAAGCGUUCCCGUUACAUCGAUACCGUCCCUCAGUACCACGCCGUGCGGAUAGGAAAAGAGGAGCGACAGCUACACGUUGAUGAAAAAAAGACACAAUAUCAGAAGGAAUGGAUGACUCACUGGAUUGACAGUGACGGCUACUCAUGAACCUUAUUUAUUUUUAUAUACUUUAAUAAGCAGCUUAAAACAAUGCCCUCCCCAACCUCACAAAUCCCAACAAACAUGUAUGUUUCUGAUUAUAGCACCUACCAGCUGCACUGAAAACGAACAAGGUGACACUCUGAGACAGUGAGAGCGGCAAACUUGAACCCUGAAUCUAGAGCAGAUGCUUGACUACUUUUUGUUGGCGAUGCUUCCACAAUCUCAUUGUGCAUCACAAUGGUGCUUACCACUGCUGAAUUAGAAGACUUGAUGUCAUCCUUAUUAGUUUUUUUUACAUACUGUAGGUAGUAAGCACCCACCCCUCUGUCAGUGCCCACCUCCUUACCCCAACCUAAAUCAUGUUACCUGUUGUUAUGCCACUGCGGUAUCCUGGUUCAGAUGCCCAACAAAAUAUUCUGUGACUUGGUUUCCAGAGUUGAGUGUGAGGAGAAGAAAGCAGAAAAACCACCAGAUCCUCCUCAGGUGUGACUAAAACAGGACAUGUUGACUGCCCAUUUAUCUCUCAUUCAGAGCUCAUUUAACUGGCUGUAUGAUGUUCUUAGUUGAUGACUUCCCUUUCGAUUUGUUUCCAGGGCAAGAAAAUAGUGUUUUGCUUUUCAAGCUCUCUCCAGCCAGUCUGAUGCAGACUGUCCAUGACACAACAAACAAAAUGCCAAAAGUGAAGGGAUAACACGGAACUGGGAUUUGAGGUGAUGAAAUCACUUAAUAUCACAUUAUAAUAUGAGAAGGGAAACUUAUAUUGAUGAGAUGCCUUGCACGUCCCCUGGACUUCCCAAAACAGUUCACAACUAAUUGAACUGUUUAUCUUUAAGUGGGAUUGCUGCUGUUAAGGGAAGAAAUGUGGCAGCCAAUUUUAGCACAGCAAGAUUCCACCAAAGAAAAUAAAGGUCAACCAUUUGGCCCAUUGGCCCAUGGAAGUAUUUUUGUGCCAUGACAAGCUUCCCUCCGCCCCGUCAGCACAAACUCCUCGUCUGAUUCUGUACCCUGUGCACUGUUUGAGCUGGGUCACCAAGACUACAACUGAUUUAUCAUACAGGUUGAGCCUCUUAAGUGCAUGAAUAAGGCCUUCAGUCUUGUCUUAAAAUGGCCAAGGCAACCACUUUGGCAGACAUGAGGCACUCAUUCUCUAAUAACUAAAGUAGACCAGAAACACAUGGCGUCACUUAGUGAAAUCAUGUUAUGUUUCAUUUCGUGACACCUUGUCAGAGUCAAGUCUGGCUUCAAUUGCAAAAUAACUCCUUCCAAACAAAGUAAGUGUCUAUUACUUUUUGUGAGAUUCAAAUUUGAUAUCUGUUUAGUCAUUCGUUUGGGUCUGAUAUUUUGAUCACAUGAAUCUGCCAGUAUAACUGUCUGGGUUAUCUCGUGGAACACUUUAUGAGGAUAAAUAGACAAUCAUGGGGAAGAGAUAAGUACCUUCAGCAAACCCACCCCACCCCCACAUUUUAAUGUUUCCCUUGCAAUAUUUUAAACCUGAGUCAUACCAGUUUUUUGAAACUGAAGCAAUCUGCCUCCAAGCUUUCUCUCCCCUACCUCUUUGUCUUUUUUCUGUCCCUGUCUAUUUUCACCUUCUCGCCCUCCCAAGCCCCACCGCUCUUUGUUUGGGACCUAUCAGUUUAGAAAUACAUCUCAGACAGAAUUCUGGGUACAAAACCAUACCUAAAGACUGCAUGGCACAAACAAAUGUUGCUUCAAAAUUGCUAUCACAUUGCGACCAAUGGAGUAAUAAUUGCCUAUAUCGGUCAAUUUUGUCUUAAUGUCUUAAGCCAUGAUCUUUUAGUUGCAUAGUUUAUGCUUUGCAAUUGAAAUAAUAGUAUCCAUCAUAACCCAUGAUUAGUGAUGUUAUCUUACACUGCAGUUGCAAAUAAACAAGGUGAGGUUUUUAGCAAAGAAUUGCCCGAAAAGGUCCGCUUUAGUCAUCAGAAUUAAUAGCUAGACCUGAGUCCAUUAGAUUUGUCAGGUUUAAUACCAUAAAACUGUUGCUGCUGGUUCGCUCCAGGAGCUGAUCUCAACUGCUGAAUUCAAGCACCUGUUCACUGUUUCACUAUAAAGUAGUACUUGGCAUGAAUUCUGCACUUACUCUUGCACUAGACAUAGCUGCCACUCUGUUGUUGGUAAAUACCUCUGAUGCUGAAUGCCAAGGACAGCCAACUGAUAUUAAUUCUAGACCUUCUCAGACAGAGCAGUCUCCUAGCUUACCCAUUCGAAAAUCAUUUCAAUGCUCCUAUCCUUGCUAGUUUCUUCCCCACAGUAUAAUCAGAUCAAUUCCAGUGCACUUUGAAAAAAGGCAUUGGUUAAGGUUUCAGGUUUCCCUGAACUAACAUUCUUCCCUGUCUAAGAUCUACUUUGAUGACCAUCAUUUCAUACCUUCAGGGGUAUAUAACACAUGUCAUGCUCCCUUUUUGUUUCAUUUUUGUUCCUUAGAGCAAUGAUGAGAUUAAGAAAUGUGCAAUGGAUGUGCAACAAACACCAAGCAGAGGUAUAAACCAAAAAUGAUGGAAACACUCACUGGGCCAGAGAGAUCCUUUGGAGAGAGUAAAAGAUUUGAUCUUUCAUGUCAACGGCCUUUCAAUGAUCAGAAGUAUUCUCUAUCCACAGAUGCUGCCUGACCAGUACAGUGUUUCCAACAUUUUUGGGUUUUUUUUUGUUUCAGAUUUCCAGCAUCUGCGGUGUUUUGCUUUUAGAUGCCCUCAACCAGUCCCACUGGAUAGUGCUUCUCAAAGAGAGCCAGGGCCUGUGGGCAGGCACUUCAAGUCAAGUACGUGUCAAUAACUUGCAUUGUCCUCAAACCUUGGAAAUAGCUAUGAGUGGGCUCUGUUGGUGGAUGGAAAAUGUGCAAACCCAACCUAGAAAUAUUUGAGAGUUCCUCUCCCAUUAAACAGGAUCAACCUGAUUUUGUUUGGGCUUCAAGCUCAAAUACUCCACUGUGGUAAUCAGAAACGUAUCAAUAUGCCUCCUGAUUUGCUUCAUUUUCUAUUGUCUGAAUGAAUCUGUGCACUUGAAUGUCUUGGCACAUUGAAUAUGAUUAAGAGACUUAUUCACAAAACAGGCCAACGAACAGGACCAGACUACAAGUUUGUCACCUUUAAUUUGGCAUUUUCUUUUCCAAGGUAUAUUCCAUGCUUCAGAAAUUGCCUCUUGGCGUCCCCUUUCUCCUGCAGAGAAUGUUAAUUCUGUGGGCAGGUAAUCCAGUUCCACCUCUCGUCAGGCCAAAAGCUCUCUGGCUGAUUAUUCUGGGAAAUGAGCAUUAAGGGGGAACCAGGGUGUAUUUUUUUUUCCCCAGUUGGCCACCAGCUUGUUUUGAGAUUCUCUGCUUCCCAGGCCAGGUUGUAGAAGGUGUUAUACUUCCUGCAACACAGUACCUUUUGCUGUUUCUCUGCAGUUUUCAAAGGUGACUCAGUGUGUCCUGAUGCAGAGGCCCUGAGAUAGAAUUGGUCUUCAAUGUUUGUACAAAGUAGGUCUGCUGUCAUCUACACUCCAUUAUUCUCUUCCGUUGCCUUUUUAAUAGCAAAAUUAAGCAGCUCCUCACAGCUCAGUUCCACUCCUUUUACCUUGACCAAUCUCAAUCUCAGACUACGAGAUGUGGAAUUGGCUAGAAUCCACGGGGUUGGGUGACGGUGGGGAUGGGGAGAAUGCUGAGGGUGAAGGGAAAAUUGGAGGGGGCUCCUAUUCUUCAAUGUUGUCCUGACACCAACUGUACAGAAGCCUCUGUGCCUGCAGGGUGUCUCAUAGCUUCAUGACUUUAUCCUGCAUUGGCUGGUAUUGCAUUUGACUGGUCCUGUUGACCUUGGGGCUGUAUUGUGAGUACAGACACUGAAUUACCAUCUACUGAAUCUUUAAAGAAAGUCAUUAUUGUGCAGCAACAAUAAUUAUUAGUGACCUGAAGUGACUUCAACACAGUUUACUGUAUGGUACAGUGUUAAAUCAAAUGUAUGCAUCAGUUGCAGAGUGUGCAUUAUCUGACAUUGCGCAAGAGUGAAGACUUGGUAGUGUCAGGUUGGUGUGCAAUGUUUCCCAGACUAUGAAGACGACCGGUGUGACUAUAUCAACAAGGACAGUGGCAACACCCCUUUUCAGUAACCCUUUAAUCUUUGUUUCAUGGUUAAGAUGUUCACACUUGUGUACAGUACUUUGAGAAAGCCACAUUCCACUGUCUUACCUUUUAGCCCUUCUCAGGAAAUAUGUUGUUCCAUGGCAAAGACAGGUGGCUAAACUUCAGGCUGCUAUCAACCUAAAGUGCCCAAAUGCUUAGUUUUCUUUGGACAUUACUGAAACACAAAAUGGACACAUUUAAUCUAGAACCAAUCCCACAGACGUGGGUUGGUAGGUUAAUUAUCCGCCAUAAAUUACCCUUAGUGUGCGAAUGGUAGAAUCUGGGAGGAGUUGAUAGGAACGGAGGGAGAAGAGGCUAAAGGGAUUGCACUGUGAGUCAGCAAUGACUUAGUGGACUGAAAUGGUGUCUUAUGUUUUAAAUAAAUAUGGAAUAUGGAGCAGGAUGUGAAAUAUGGAAUAAAUGACAUUUUCCUCCAACUAGCCCUUUCAGAUCAGCCGAGAUUGUAUUGAAUGGCAGAGCACACUUGUGGCUGAGUGCCUUAGUUCCUACGUUUCCUGUCUUGUCCCAUCUACGUUUUGUAAGGCAGAUGGCCUGAUUGGGAAUAGAACUCAGGCCGCUGGGUUGAAAGUGCAGCACACUACCACUGUGGAUUGUGUGGGAAUCCUGCAGACUGGAGUUGAUGUGCAGAUUCAAAAGCAAGUUUUACUUUCUUUUAGCCAAGAUGGACAAAAAACAGGCAAGGGCAAAAACAGGCAACCAGUCCAGCUCAAAAACGUAGCAAUCCACACACAAGUUCAGUAAUCCAAGAUCUUGAUGCACAAGAAAGAUCCAGAAAUGACAGGUAGUAAGCAGACGGAAAAAAAACACAGAAAAAAACCCCAAAAAGGGAAAAAAAAGCAUAUAUAUCAGAGGCUCUUGCUACUUACAAGAUCACACUGAAGACUGAGCAAAGAUAUAGGAAGCGGGGUUUGAAUACACACACGUUAUGUGCAUUCAAUGAUCAAUAACAAGAGAGUCCAAUCAGUCUGUAAAUACCCCUGGGGAACUGUGUCUGCCCCUGCUGACCAACCCCAGAAUAGACCAGAGUCCUAACAGGACCCCCUCCCCUAGGAACAGGUCCUGACUUUCCCCAGGGACAAUCAGGGUGGUGAUAAUGGAACUCCUGAAUGAGAUCAGGAUCCAAUACAUUCUGUGCCGAAACCCAAGAGCGUUCUUCAUGCUCAUAACUCUCCCAGUCCACUGGAUGCACCCAUGGGCCCCGCAAGAGUCCAGCAGGUGGUGGACCACGUAUACAGACUGACCAUCAAUGAGCCUUGAAUGGGGGGGGGUGUGGCUUGUAGCAGGAGCCAGCCGACUGGCAACCAUAGGCCUGAGAUGGGAAACAUGAAAGGUGGGGUUAAUCCAAAUUGAUCAGGGGAACAGGAGCAAACUAGAGUCAUGAUCCUGGAGCUCAAAACAAUGGGCUCAGGGUCCCCUUCUGGAACCGGAGGCUGGAACAGGCUGAACAGGACAAACUUGAACCUAUUGAAAAACAGAGCCCACCGGGUUUAGUCUUUUGACUUGCUGAAUGUACUCUGGGUUUUUGUGGUUGGUCUAAACAGUGAAGGGAUGCUGGCCCCAUGCAGCCAGUGACUCCACUCUUCCAAAGUUAAUUUGAUAGCCAAGAGUUCCCUGUUACCUACAAAGUUUCUUUCUGUGGGUGCAAGACAAUGAGAGUAGAAGGCAUGUGGAUGGAGCUUGUCAGAUGUCUGUUGAGACAACACUGCUCCAACACCUACAUCCACCUUAACUAUGGAAGGGAGAGUAGGAUCAAGGAGUUCCAGGGGUGGGGUAGUAGUGAAAUGCUUCCUGAGCUCCAAGAAGGCUCCUUCUGCUUCAGAAGUUCAGGUGAACUGGGUGGUGGCCUUUUUUUGGUCAGGGUAAUGAGAGGUGGUGCUAUAGAGCUAGAGUUAUGGAUGAAUCGUUGGUAAAACUUGGCAAAACCAAGGAAGCAUUGUACCUACAUGACAGAAGAGGGUUUGUCGCUAGUCCCUGAAUGUCUUGGUCUUCCUGAGAUCCAUCUGGAUUCUACCCUGGGGGAUGAUGAGCCCUACGAAGGAGAAUUCAGAUGCAUGGAAUUCACAUUUCUCUGAUUUCACAUAAGGCGGCUCAUGAGGAGGCACUGGACGAUUAGUCGAACGUGAUGAACAUGCUCAUGGAGUGACUUGGAGAACACCAGAAUAUCGUCAAGGUAGAUGAAAACAAAGCAGUUUAACAUGUUGCACAGGACAUCAUUGAUGAGGGCUUGGAACACAGCUAGAGCAUUACUAAGUACGAACAGCAUAACCAGGUACUCAGGGACCGGUAGGGAUGCUGAAUGCCAUCUUCCACUUGUCUCCUUCUCAGAUGUGGACCAGGUAAUAGGCAUUCUGGAGAUCCAACUCGGUGAAAACUGUGACUGCUUGGAGUAGCUCAAAUGCCAAUGACAUCGAUGGGAGGGGGUAAAGAUUCUUGGCAGUGUCUUUGUUCAGUCCAUGAUAGUCAAUACAGGGGUGAAGGCCUCUGUCCUUCUUCCCCACAACGCAAACAAAGGGGAAGUAGAUGGUCGGAUGAUACCAGCAGCGAGGGCCUCCUUAAUGUACUCCUCCAUUGCUACCGUCUUGGGACCAGAAAGAGAAUAUUCUACCUCAACGAGGGCAGGUACCAGGGAGUAGAUCAAUGGAGCAGUCAUAUUGGCAACGAGGAGGAAGGGUUGUGGCUCUUCUCUUACUGAAGACUUCCUUCAGGUCCUGGUACUCGGGAUAGCUCAGAACAACCAAAGGACUCGGGAGAUGUAGAAGGUGCUGUAGAGAAGAGGCAGGCCACAUGACCGUAGGGCCCCACUCAACUACAGUUCUUGUAGACUAGUCAAUGUGUGGGUUGUAGCAAGUUAACUAUGGGAAUCUUAGGAUAAUAGGGAAUUGGGGGAAUGGAUGGAAUGAAGUUGGGUUUCCUCAUGAUUAUUAAUAGAGAUGCACGGGGACAGUGAGGUGAUGAACACUGCCAUCACCCAGAGGUCUUCCACCUAGGGCAAUUACAGCCAUUGGGGACUGUAGACUCGUGAGAGGGUUGACAAGAUUCGUCGCAAGGGAAAUGUCCGUGAAACUAUCUGCUGCACCGGAGUCCACCAGGACUUGGAGGGCAUGCUGUUGGUCCUCCCAGGAUAUGGAGAUGGGAAGGAGGACACCAGUGACUGAGGUCUUGGGAGCGAAAGAGGACCCCAUCGCAGGCCUCCCUCCUCUGGAUGAGUUUGGACUUUUCCCAAUAGCUCAAGACAGGUUGAUCUAAAGAGGUCCUGUUUUCCACAAUAGAGGCAACACUUCACCCUCAUUCUACGGUUUCACUCAGCCUGAGCAAGUUGCGUUCCUUCUAAGCUCUUCCAAAGCGGUGGCCACUUGAGGGCUCUCUGGUGGAGGUAGUAGUUUCCAUACUGUGGUCUUGAGUGCAUUAGGAGCAGAAUGGCAUUCCCUCCAUCUCUCACAAAGGCGAUUGUCCAGUUGAAUGGAGAAGUCAAUCAGUGUCCAGAUUGCUCAGCGCAUCCCUGGACGCUAACUCAUCUUUGAUGGCGUCUGAGAGCCCAUGUUCAAAAGCAGCAAUAAAUGGUUCUCAGUUCCAUUGGCUCUUAGCAGCUAGGGUGCAGAAGGAGAUGGCAUAAUCAGUGACACUGAGGCUGCCCUGAGAGAGUUGAAGCAAUCGUUUGGCCUCUCCAACUCAUCCAUGAGGGGUGUGUAGGUGUGUACACCAGAGGCUCUUGCUACCUAAAUGCAACACAAAGAAGAAACCUUCGAUCAACAUCAGGGCUGGUGAUUCUAUCUGAACAGAGGGUUGAGGAGAUACAUGUCUAGGUGUUGUAAUUAGUUCAAGAUUUCUCCCAUCCCUCCCCUUCUGCCCUCCCUCAAAUUCUGAUUACAGCCUGCAUGCUCUGCCAGUAAUAAUUGUUUAGCAGAACAAGUACAACAUUGUCUAAUCUCCUAAGUGUUAAUCCACUGGAAGAUGAGGAGGUCUCAGCUAAUGUCAAGUUCAGCGGCAAGCAAAUGGUCACCUAAAACUGUCGUUGGCAAAGAAUCACAGGAUAGUUGACAGCUUAGUCCAUGUGUGUUUUGUAACUCUGUUUAUUGCCACUGGAUUCAAGGCAGGAUGGAGCUUAAAGGAAAAUGAAGAAAAUCUGCACAUGAAUUCAGUCAGUGGUAAGAGAUAUAGGGGCAAGUGUUUGUGUGGCAUACCUGCUUCAGGACUUGUAUACUCAGGAAUUUAGAAGGCUGAGAGGGGAUCUGAUUGAAACAUAUAAGAUUAUUAAGGGAUUGGACACGCUAGAGGUAGGAAGCAUGUUCCCGCUGAUGGGUGAGUCCAGAACCAGAGGCCACAGUUUAAGAAUAAGGGGUAGGCCAUUUAGAACGGAGUUGAGGAAAACUUUUUCACCCAGAGAGUGGUGGAUAUAUGGAAUGCUCUGCCCCAGAAGGCUGUGGAGGCCAAGUCUCUGGAUGCUUUCAAGAAAGAGAUGGAUAGAGCUCUUAAAGAUAGCGGAGUCAAGGUUAUGGGGAUAAGGCAGGAACUGGAUGCUGAUUGUGGAUGAUCAGCCAUGAUCACAGUGAAUGGCGGUGCUGGCUCGAAGGGCCGAAUGGUCUACUCCUGCACCUAUUGUCUAUUGCCUAUUGUUAGUGUAAUGCCAAAACAGCAGUAGAAGAAUCAGUCCCUGAUCGGCCCUCCCCAAACUGCUCCUUCUCUCCCUUAGCUUGUUUUUUUCCACAUAUAAUGCACUCAGUGGAGCCGACUGAUCUUUUUCAUUGCCUUAAAUGAUCAAAGGAACCUCCUCCCACAGCUUUCUGGGGUUUUCAUGAGACACUUCUCUGCCAAAGAACCAACUAUUCAACAAACAGGGGACUGGCAACAGUAUUUGCUGGCCAGGCAGUGUUUGUAUAGAGCAGAGGUGUUGUUCAAACAGGCAAAAGGGGUGUUAUCAGCGUCAGAGCACUAUAUGCCAAAUUAUUUGACACAGCUUUAUUCUGUCCAAUCCUGGAGACUUAGAAAAAGUAGAAAGGUUUUAGUUGCUGGUAUCACUGCAGUCAAAUGUUCCAUUCCAGCUUCUCUCAACCUUCCCAUCAUCCUCUGAAGGAUUCUAACUAAAAGGUGCAUUGUCAAUAAAUCAGUAAAGGACAUUUGUAGUAAGUAUCCAUUGGAGGUAAUUCUCAUGAGUGCCAUUUAAUUACCUCACCAAAUAUUGACUCCUCACCAACUCUGCUGCACUUAUUGGAGCUUAACAGUUACAGAUCCUAACCAACUGGUUGUGACCAGCAUUUGCAAUUAAUGAGUGCACUUGCUUUACCAUAUGCAGGGUGCAUUGUCUUUUAUUAUUUUUAGCAUUUAUGGGAACAUUCACUAAUCCAAGCUGCUAGUAAGGAGGGGAUACAGUCAAAAAUUUGGUCCUGUAGAUGUUGUAAUAUUUUUAAUUUGUGCUUCCUUUGAACACAACUGCCUGUAGGAAAUAUACAUAGUCAAAUACCUAAUAAUGCCAACAAAAUUCAAGUCAUUGGAACUUAUUUUUGCACUCUGGCCCUCCAACUCUGUUGCUUCUUCUUUAGCCUUUGGAAAUGCCCUGGUAUCACUACAAGUUCAUUGCUGGACGAGUCCCUUCUGUCUUUGGGUGGCACAGUACCCAAGGGGAAUUAGAAGGCAAUGGAUUUUAAUUUAGACUGAAGCAAUGGUGAAGGGUCAGACUGAGGUAAAUCAAGGAGUAGUGGUUGACUGAUAACCAACUUGGAAUUUCACAGCCCACGAGAACAAUUGAUUGACAGGUAGGGUACCCGCUGCAGUCGGGUCCCAGAUGAAGCUGGGCUGGCAUGACCAAACCUUAGCCUUCACAGAAUGAGGUGAAAGAAAGGCAAGUAAAUUAGAAGCAAUCCCACUGAACAUCAAGCCAUGUAACUCAUGAGUACAUGCCUAAAAGGAAUGAUAUUUUAUGUUCCUUACAUCACAAAUUGGUUUACUGAUAAUAAAUCAUUGGUUACAAAUUAUUUCCUGAUUGCAUUUCCUUGAAAAAUUAGUUAACAGCAAAUGUCUGUAACUGUUCUACCCUAUAUUUUUGUGCCUUAACUUACCUGCUUCAAUGCUCCCUUUUGUUAUACACUUUGCAUCUAAUGUGUUUAAAUAUAGACUUUUUUCUUUAACAGUUGAUGUUCAGUACACUUUAUAUGCCUGGUGAUUGACCAGUACCUACCUUUAACCUGAUUUCUUCAUUAGACUGUAUGGUUGGGUUAGAAGAGGUAAAAUGAUUGGUUCUGUCACACCAAUCCAAUGUUACUGCUCUUUGAUCAUCUCUCCUGGAGAUUUGCUAAGAGUGCCAUAACAGACCCCCACUCCCCAUACUCUAAUUUUUUUCGAUGGCCUGGCCUCUACACAUAGGCCAUUGGUGCAAUAUGGUGCUGAUUUCUCAAACUGGUGUGCUUCAUAUCAGAAAUUACUUUGUGAGGACUAAAGUUCAACCACAAGCCAACAGAUUCCCAAGAAAAGAUUAGAAAGGGAAGAGGGAAGGGGAAAAGAGAUCUCAGUGCAUUUCAUCAAAAUUUCCAUGCAUAAAUUAUUGCUGAUUUUCUCUACCGCCCCCAGUGAGUGAACAUGGUCAAAGCAAACAGCCGGGGAAUGAAUAUUAGGAUAUACACUGAUUGUGCAUCCACACUGGUCGAUCACUAGUCAUGACCUUUCACCUGAAUAUUUUGAUGUCAAGUGAUAAUGUAUCCACGUCCAAAUACAACUGUCAAAUAUUAAUAUAGCUCAGAUAAUCAAAGUGCUCCAUUUUUAAAAAAUAUGGUUGUAUAUAAAUCUAUAUUUGGGUGUGGUUGCUUUGUACAUUUUGUUAACAAAUUUCAUUUCUUUAUUGAAUGUUUGUCAAGCAGUUUACUUAUUUAAUGUUCAAUUCUCAGAAGUAAUAAAAGUUGGAA